CGCGUCUAAACAGAGGACAGACAGGACUCGACAAUGGGAGACGGGUUUCGUGAGCAGCUGAUGGAGGACAGCGCCUUCCUCCUAGCUGAGCGGAGACUGGACACAGAGCUGGUGGACAACCUGACCCUGCAGCUCAACAGGAUCCACCCGCAGGUCCUCACGGACAAGGAGGCCACCAGAUUCAGAAAUUUGGACGUCCCUACAAGUGUCCGUCUCGGCGAGCUCUUAACUCACCUGCAGGGGAAAGGUGAGGAAGCGUGCAGAGAGUUUUAUAGAGCUCUACACCUGCAUGUGGAGGAGGUAUACCACAGUUUACCUAGUCGGCUCCGCCUAAGAGCUGCAGAUUCCCUGGAUCCACUCAUGCUACCACGUGUCAACCAGAAGAGAUAUAUUUUGAAUGACAAAGGUCCCGUCUUCUUUCUGGGUUGUUUCGGCUUUGCUGUGGGAAUGGCGUUACUAUAUUACUGCAGCGAAGCUAAGGUGUCGGGAGGCAGCCGGGCCCUCGGGAUGGCUGCUCUUGGUCUGACAAGAACAGCUCAGGAGGUUCUAAUAUGGUACACUGAAGAAAGCUUCAUGAAAUAAUGUGUAACUCACAUCUGUUUUUCAGAACUGCUACCAAAGAAUAAUAUAUAUUUUCAAGUGUUCAAUACUAAUUUUGUACACAGUUUAUAUUGUAUACAAUUUAUAUUAUUUUAUGUUGUUAUGAAGUGAUAAUGUUGGGACAAAUUUGGCACUUCUCUCCCAUCUUCUGUCAUGGCUUGUUAAAUAGGUCAAAGGGAUGAAAAUACUUGAAUCUAAAAAAGUUAAGAAAGUAUCAUACAGUUUUAUCUCACUGUAGCCUCCCAUUGGCUUUCUUUCUUUCUUUCUUUCUUUCUUUCUUUCUUUCUUUCUUUCUUUCUUUCUUUCUUUCUUUCUUUCUUUCUUUCUUUCUUUCUUUCUUUCUUUCUUUCUUUCUUUCUUUCUUUCUUUCUUUCUUUCUUUCUUUCUUUCUUUCUUUCUUUCUUUCUUUCUUUUGUGUUAAAGAAAUUUAACACAAAACAAUUAUUAUUUUAUUGCUGACAAAGUAAAUCGUCCUAAACAACUAAAACAAUGAUCAUUCACAGAAUAACCUUAAAAUUGUUAAGUACAUUAAUUAAUCACUACGAUUGUGAAAAGAAUAGGGAAUAUUUGUUUGUUUUUUUAGGGGUAAUAAUAUACAGUUCUGUAUAUAAUGUAUACAACAACACCAAAGUCAGGAAGGAUUAAGUACUUCGUGCCUGCCAUCUUGUGGGGGAAAGAAGAAUUACAUCAUCCGACCUGUAUAGAUUUCAUAUGCACUACCAUGAAUCCAUUUACCCCGCUCAGGCAAACAAAUAAAAGGAAAGAAGGUAGAUUAUUAUUAACAGAACCCACAGGAACGUUGAGUUUGCAAAACAAUAUUUAGACGUGUUAAAGAGGGAUUUACUGCUACGCGGCGCUCUGCGCCAAUAGUAUUCAGCAUCACGAGCGCAAGGCAUUGUGGGUAUUGUGACUGUUUUCACUAAAAAUGCUUAAAUCUUUGAAAUUAAGCGUUAACCAUGCUUUGACAGGAAAAUAAUAAACAAACAAACGCCGUUUUUAUAGUUAUACGUUUUGGAAACUCGAUAGUCUGACUUUCAAAACCGGGGAAGUUGAACCGUGAGUGAAACCACGCUGCGCAGUGUAGGCUAUAAAUACGGAAGAAGACAGUGUUAAGUGUUGUGUUGUAUGAAAGGAGAGAAGGUUAGCACUCCCCUUGACAAGGAUGGAAUUGGCCCUUGUGGCCUGCAACACACAUACGGUUAAGGCAUUGCCACUUACUUCGUGGCAUCUCUAACCAAUUUUUUUUUUAUUUUAUUUUUCAUUUAUCACACGUUCUGUCCUCCUUACUGCGUUAACAUAGAGCUGGGCCUGUGCUGGAGAUAAUGUUCUCCUGUAGCAGAACGGAAGCUUGUCUCAUUAUUUUCCCAUGUCUGUUUCCUCUGGGUUGGCCCUGGUUGGACUCUGGAAGGAUGGACAUUUUUAUUUUUCCUGUUGGCGUGUGGAAAAGUUCCAUUCAAUUUAGAAGAAGAAAAAACAUGUUUUUGAUUUUAUGUUUAGUCAACCAUUAUUGAGGCGUUCAAUUCUUCUUUGUUCAUUUGACUGUACCAAUAUUGAUAGAUACUAUAUUUGCAACGUAGUACUUGAUACAUGUUUUUGGUCAACCCUAAUGUGCCUUUGUGUCGUCAAAAAUAAAAUGAAAAUAAAAAAGUAAUUAACAAAAGUAACAUUUGCACCAAGAUGCAGGUUAAUGGAAUAUUUAAGUGCUUGAUAAAUGUUUUCCAAAAAAUGUACAUACAUGUUAUAGAGAAGGGCUUCACACACGUUUUUUCUUCUUCUCCAAACUUAAAAAAAAUCAUGUUAAUCUGCAGGAUUUCACUACCAACAUUUUUCUGCAGUUUGUGCCUUGUUUUUCACAAUCUUGUAAUAUUUACAAUAUAUUUUUGUCUGUUAGUCACAUUUCAUGUGUAUCGUGUCUGAGAGAAAUGCCUUACACUUGUAAGUGCCAUCAUUUGUAAAACUUUAUCCUUGCACAUUAAAAUAAAAAGCAUGCAUGUAA